AUGGCGUCCAUUAGGAACAGCUUGGCGUCGUCCACACCUCUCUUGGUGAAGUGCGCGAACUGUUGGGGAUCCAGCAGAGCGUCUGCCACAGACGACCAGCUUCUCCAGGGCCUUCAUCACAAGAGGGGUCUGGACAUCAAAUCCCAGGAGGCGGCAUUGCGGAUGGGACCUGACGUCCUGAUCGCCACGCCAGGUCGACUGAUUGACCACCUGCACAACACGCCCUCCUUUGAGCUCAGCCAGAUUGAGAUCCUCAUCUUGGACGAGGCCGACCGGAUGCUGGACGAGUACUUUGAAGAGCAGAUGAAGGAGAUCAUCAGGAUGUGUGCCUACCAGAGACAGACCAUGCUUUUCUCUGCCACCAUGAGCGAGGAGGUAAAAGACUUGGCGUCGGUCUCUCUGAAGCAGCCGGUUCGUAUCUUUGUGAACAGUAACACAGACGUGGCACCCUACCUUAGACAGGAGUUUGUCAGGAUCCGACCGGCCAGGGAAGGAGACAGGGAGGCUAUUGUGGCAGCCCUGCUGACGCGGACGUUCCAGGACCACGUGAUGCUGUUCACCCAGACCAAGAAGCAGGCCCACCGGAUGCACAUCCUCCUGGGCCUGAUGGGGCUGAAGGUGGGAGAGCUGCACGGAAACCUGUCCCAGACCCAGAGACUGGAGAGCCUCAGGCGGUUCAAAGAUGAACAGAUUGACAUCCUUGUAUCACAGACGUUGCGGCUAGAGGUCUGGAUAUCGACGAGUCAAGACGCGGUGAUUAACUUCACCAUGCCCAACACAGUGAAGCACUACGUUCACAGGGUGGGCCGCACGGCCCGUGCCGGCAAGGUGGGUCGCUCUGUGUCCCUGGUGGGCGAGACUGAGAGGAAGAUGCUAAAGGACAUCGUCAGGAAGGCCAAGACCCCCGUGAAGGCCCGCGUCCUGCCACAAGAGGUGAUUCUGAAGUUCAGAGACCUGAUUGAGAAGCUGGAGAAGGACGUGUACGCCGUGAUGCGCCUGGAGAGAGAGGAGAGGGCCAUGUCUCACUCAGAGGCUCAGAUCAGCGUGGCGCAGAAGCGGCUGGCACAGAACGCAGACGAGACGGAUCCCCAGAGGAUGUGGUUCCAAACGCACGACGAGCGCAAAAAAGACCGCAUGACCAAAGCUCUGGCCGACUUUGACUUGGCCCUGAGAGGAAAGAAGAAGAGGGAGAAGUUCAUCAAGGAGGGGAAAAAGAAAGAGUUGUCGUCCGAGGACAGAGCCCAGUUUGAGAUCCUCAAGUCCCAGAUGUACGCUGAGCGAGCAGCCAAGAAGGACCGGAAACCCAAACGAGCCAGGGCCAUGCCAGAGGACGAGGCCGUCCAGAAAGGAGCGAAACAGAAAGCUGGUAAACCAGCCAAGAAGUCUGUAUUUGACAAAGAACUUACAAACACCAGUAAGAAAGCACUCAAGCAGUACAGAGCUGGGUAAGUGUCUUUCCUAAACGUAGU